AUGUCGUCGGAUGCCUCGCGGCACGUUGCCACCCCGAGGCUCGAUCCUCCGCUUCGCAAUGAAACCAGCAGCCCGUCCGUCGCCGACUUGACGCCCGCCUCCGCAGACAUGGCCCGGAAACUCGACGAGUAUCCCUUUCCCUCCCACCCGCAGCAACCCGCACAGGCGUCCGCCGCCGGCGACGUCCCGGAGACGCAGCAGCAGCAGCCGUCACCCGGCCUCCGCUUACAAGACGUCAUCCACCUCUUUCACUGCCGCUUAUGCGACAAGCUCUUCAAGGAACCCGUCACUCUUCCGUGCGGCCGCAGUAUAUGCAGGCUGUGUAUUCCCGAGCCGCAUCUCCGGAGCCGCAUCUCGUACCCAGCCGUCGACGACAGGCUGGAAGGGUUCCGCUGUCCCUUUGCGUCCUGCGACAAGGAGCACACCCUCGGAGACUGCGGCGUCGACGUCACACUGAGUAAACUGGCCGAGCAUAUCCGCGACGAGUGUGCCCAGCGCCAUCAAGACGCGGCCAACCAGUCUCCCAGUACAGCACCGCCUCUGCAACAACACAGCCUUGCCUCGGCGCCCCCAUCAGAGUCGCAGGACUCGGAUCCCCUCCGUGACACGGAGGCACCAUAUCACCAUGAACCACAAGAACAAACAGCAGUCGGGAACGAGCCUGCUGUAGACCAGGAUGAAUCGCCCCAACCAGAACCUCCCUCCUUUGCGCGCACCCAACAGCUGGCCCGCUCAGAACUCGACUGCCAAGUCUGCUACGCGCUCUACCACGACCCGCUGACCACCGGCUGCGGCCACACCUUUUGCCGGUCCUGCCUGCACCGCAUCCUCGACCACUCGCGGUACUGCCCCAUGUGCCGCCGGCGGCUGUCCAUCAGCCCGCUGCUCAACCGGGCGUCGUGCCCGUCCAACGCGGCGCUCGCGCGCAUCAUUGCCGCGCUAUGGCCCGCCGAGCGCGCCGCGCGCAGCAUCGCCGUGCGCGCCGACGAGACGGCCCGCGAGCGCGACCUCGAAACGCCCCUCUUCGUCUGCACCCUCGCCUUCCCCCAGAUGCCCACCUUUCUGCACGUCUUUGAGCCGCGCUACCGGCUGCUCGUCCGCCGCGCCCUCCAGGGCGACAAGACCUUUGGCAUGGUGCUGCCCCGGCCCCCGCGUCACGCCGACGCCGCCGCCUUCUACGAGCUCGGCACUCUUCUCCGCAUCGAGCACGCCCAGUUCUACGCCGACGGCCGCUGCCUCAUCGAGACCGUCGGGCUCUCCCGCUUCCGCGUCCUGCGACACGCGGCCCGCGACGGGUACGCCGUCUCCGCCGUCGAGCGCGUCGACGACAUCAGCCUCGAGGAGGAGGAGACGACCGAGGCCGCCGAGAUGGCCGCUGCCGCCGCCGCCCCGCCGCCACCGUCACCGUCAUCUGACGCGGGCAGCGAGCACACCGCCGUCAUCACCGUGCCCACGCUCGAGACAAUGGCGACGCGCGACCUGAUGCGGCUCGCUACCGACUUUGUGCAGCGCAUGCGCGACAAGAGCGUCCCGUGGAUGACGGACAGCAUGCUCGCCAUCUACGGCGAGUGUCCCGUCCAGGACCCCGCCGUCUUCCCCUGGUGGCUCGGCAGCGUCCUGCCCGUCAGAGACGCCGAAAAGUACCGCCUGCUCGGCUCCGCCAGCGUCCGCGAGCGUCUCAAGAUUUGCUGCCGAUGGAUCAUCGAGUGGGAGACCAAGACGUGGUAUGCGCAAACUAGUUGGCGUUUUUGA